AUGGAGCGUGCUAACUUAAUCAACCAGAUGGCUCCAGGCAAGAGUAAUAAACAAUCCCGACCCAGGAAGGGCAAGAAUAGUAGAAAGAGCACCAAAUCAGGUCGAUCUGAGGUCCCUGGUCACGAUGGCUUGCCAGACGGUGAUCAGAGUACCAUGGCGGAGAAGCAAGAUCUAGCUGAUAAGGGUGGCGGAUCUACCGAUCAUGAAGACGACCAGAUGCAGGGCGGAGAACAGCUUACAGCCAAGGACGCCGAAGCAUCAGUCAUUGGAGACCCGCUCUUCGAGAUCAAGCGCGUCAAGCGUUGUGUCAAAGACUUUGGACUCUUCGCUCGUCGACCAAUUGAUAAGGGCACUGUGAUCUUCAAAGAAGCCCCGGCGAUCGAGGGUGCUCAAUCUUGGCUCAUGGGGGAAGCUAAGUUCAUGACCUUGAGUGAAACCAAGAAGAAGGCGAUCACGGAUCUCCAAAGCCGCUGUCGCUGCAGAAAGGUCCCCUGUAUUGAGAGCAAGCUGACCAAACUCUUCUAUCUGAAUGCUUUUGAUAUUAGCGCCCAACACUUGAUGAACAGACACGAGGCCAUACAAACAACCAAAUUUUUUUACCUCUACACGACAGCCGCCCGGAUCAACCAUUCUUGUGUUCCUAACACAGCUUACGGCUUCACCAAGAAUAAAGAGAUUUUUAUCGAGGCCCUUAAGGACAUUGACCAAGGAAAAGAAUUGACAAUUGACUACAUAGGAGCCCACGGAGAAACCUCUUUCAGACGAAAAAUCUUGAAAGACGUCUUCGGGUUUCAUUGUAGAUGCACAUCAUGCCGAAAUAACAAGCUAGUUCCAGAAGGGAACAGGAAGGUUGGUUAUAUCGGCUCAGAUCUGGAGGAAGAACAGAUUCCACAGUCAGAAGUCAUCGGCCGACUUUCGAAAGCCGAGAUUGACAGAGCGGAUGAGGUUCAUAAGUGGUGGGAGCAGAUGAAAUCUCAUAUAAGAUUCAUGGUAGACGAGCUGCGGAGUGUCAUUGAGCAGUUAGCCAUCAAGGGGCUGAUCGACUCGGACAGCAAACUUUUGGAGUCAAUCAUUGAAGAGUUCGAGGAUAAUUUUCGACAGGAUCUCCGAAACAAUAAUCGGUUCGGACUUGAUGAAGAUGUUCUGAAAGUGGAGGAUGGCAAGGUUCCGCAAAUGCUGCAGCCUGCAAGACAGUUGGUCAACAGUAUCAGAGAGAUGAACUCGAAGGUUCCCGUGGAAGCAGGAGAAUCAGAAGCAGAACUUCCAUUCCUGCGACACUGGCGUACAAUCCCCUCGGAAAAAAUACCAAGUAACCGCCAUCCAGCAGCCACAACCGCGGAGACGGACGAGUUCGAGGACAGACCCCUACUUGAUCGUGUGAUCUCGGAGUUGAAUUCAUAUAAGGAAACACUCGCCACUGGGGAAGCUACUCUGGAAGAUCUUCUAGCAGAGAUUGCAGAGCGAGAGGUUCCGAAGGUCUGCCCUACAAAGGUCACAAAUGAAGAAAUCGAAGGGGUGACUGCAGAGGGCAUCGCAGCGGAGAAAAAUGCAGAGGAAGAUAUCACAAAGGCCCGGAUCCCAAAAAUCGUUGUGGAAGAUUUUGAUGAGCUUGCGGCUAAACUUGUACCUCAACUCGCACUUGCCGAGGCCAACCCAGAGCUCGAGGUUUCAGCCCAAGGGAUGACUGCAGAGGACAUCGCAGCGGAGAAAGAUGCAGAAGAAGAUCUUACAAAGGUCAGCAUCCCAAAAAUCAUCGUCGAAGAUUAUGAUGAGCUUGCGAGUAAACCUAUACCUCAACUCGCACUUGCCGAAACCAACCCAGCACUCGAAAUCUCGGUCAGAAAGGUGACUGCAGAGGAGAUGCACUGGAGAUGGAUGCAGACGCCGAGAAGGCAGAUGAGGUAAAGAAGGUCGAAGAGAAGUAGAGGAGAUGUGGAAUGUGUAGUGUGUACUGUGUGUAGGUUGGGAAGAAGACGCGUUGGUUUUUCAGAGGCGCUUGGAGCGCUUGGGGAGCUUGAGGG